UGUUUCCUCUUCUUUUUCUUCUUCUUCUUCUUGAGAGGGUUUAUAGCGUCUUCUCUCUCUCGAUCGCUCGUCUUUGAUCCACCAUGGGGCUUCUUGACAAGCUGUGGGACGAUGUGGUGGCCGGGCCUCAGCCGGAUCGAGGCCUGGGAAUGCUGCGCAACAAGAAUGCCAAGGCGGUCGCCAGGGAUCUCACUGGCUUGGAUGGUGAUCCGCUCGGCGCCCCUGGCGCGCGAGACCCGAAAUAUCGGCGCUCCAGCACCAUGGUCACGCAGAGCAUCAACAUCCGCCCCCCGCCGCUGAUCCGAUCGGCCAGCUUUGGCGACGAGUCCGCGCCGGCUACCCCGACGGGAGCCGCCUCUAGCGUCGGCUCCCCAUCUUCUAUGGCUGGAUCGCCCGGAACCACGCCCAAAGAUAACGUUUGGCGAUCGGUGUUCCAUCCGGGAGGCGGGCGAGCGCGGGCAGUGGAGCGCCAGGGCUCCGCUCGCUACGACAAUGUGACACCAAACUCUCCGUCCGUGUACGACUGGAUGUACAGCCCCGAGAGCAAGAACAAGUGGCACCACCCGUAAAUCACCAGGUGCCAUGGCUGCAUGCAAGAAGAAAAUAUCUCAUCUAUUUAAGAGAGGCGAUCGAAAGUCUUAAAAGUUUGGAGUGGUGGUGAUUACGAGCAAAUACCUGAAGAUGAUAGAGAUAAGUGUAGCUGGCCCUGGGAGGUAGGAGUUGUUUGCGUGGCAUUUGCUUCCUUCCUUUCUCUUCUAUCACUGUUUGUAAGAUUUUUGUACAGGUGUGAAUAGUAUAUCAUAGCUGUCAGCUUUUCAUGAUCA